CUGAGGGAGGCUCCCUUCCCAGCCCCAGGACACACUGUGGAGAUUAAGAGCUUCAUUCCAGAGUCGGGCACUGAGAUCAUCAGUCUGACACGCCCGCUGGACUCCUGGCUGGAGCACGUCAACUUCGCCACGCUCUUCGACUGCCUCACAGAUGAGGAGGUGCUGCUGGUGUUCGCUGCCGCCGUCCUAGAGAGACGGAUUGUUUUCAUCGCUGAGGAACUGGGCACAUUAUCACAAAUCAUACAUGCUGUGGCAGCCCUCCUGUACCCCUUCACCUGGCAGCACACCAUGAUCUCCAUUGUUCCUGAGAUCCUGAUCGACGUGGUGAUGGCCCCCACCCCCUACCUGCUGGGAGUCCAGAAGCAUCUGCUGGACCUGGUAACCGACCAGACUGAUCUGCUGGUGGUCGACUUGUCUGACAAUAAAAAGGAAACCUUCAUUGCUUCAGUUGGUGAUGAAAGCUCUAUUCUGCCCCCGAAGCUCAAAAGUGAAAUCCUAGAGGCUCUUAGUGCCAGACAAAAAGCAUCAACGGUGGAGGAGUUGAAUCGGGUGGUGUCGGAAGCCUUCCUCCUCUUCUUUGUGAAAACAGUGGGCCACUUCAGAUCCUACGUGAAACACAGUCGCGGCGGGGGGCCAGGGGUGUUUGAAAAGAGAAGCUUCUACAAGGCCAUCGAUUCCAAAACUACACGACACUUCGUCAAGUUGUUCCUCCAGACGCAGAUGUUCGACCUGUUCAUCCAGGAGGUGGAGCAGCAGCAGCCUGGACCGCAGCAAGGAAUAUUUAACAAAAAGAUCCUCGAAUACCAGGAGAAGAAGAAAAAGGAGAAGGCAAAGAAACACUAGCUCUGGGCGGGGGGGGCCGGGUGUACAUAGUGGAGUUGAUAGGAAAUGUCAGAUGUGAAAGUUGCACUGUGUGUUUUAUGUCCUGUGUCAGUGUGGUUUUAAACAAUGUGUGAAUUACUGUGUGGCUAUGUUGCUGCUAUCUGUGAAACACUGGCAGAAUGAGAGACUGCAGUUCCUUGUGUUCUCAGCCUGUGGCCGCAGUCCGACGCUGAACAGCAGGAAAUCAUUUCAAAUAAAGACUCGUUUUUUAAGUCCA